GUUUGAAGUCCUAAGCUUUCUUAUGCUGUGUUAUAAUUCUGCUAUUGUAUAUAUGCCUGCCUCUUCCUAUCAGUCGCUUUGCAAGAUGGGUUCUAGGCUCUGUGUGAGUGGAUUUCCACGACAAAAUGAAAAAUGCUGGAAGGAAGAUGGCUGCAGAGUACUAUUGGAUCCUGAUUUCAUGGUUCAGUUACUCACUGGAAUCUAUUACGCUGUCUACAAUGGACAAUGGGAGCUUGGUCAGGAAGCCCUGGAUGAUAUAAUUUAUCGAGCUCAGCUUGAACUCUAUUCUCAGCCACUGCUGGUUGCAAAUGCAAUGAAGAAUUCAUUACCUUUUGAUGCUCCUGAUGCAUCACAAGGAGGACAGAAGGUUUUGAAAGUAGAGGUUACUCCAACAGUGCCAAGAAUUUCUCGGACAGCUAUUACAACAGCUUCAAUCCGCCGACAUCGCUGGAGAAGAGAAGAUGGUGACGGAGUCAGUGGAAGAGAAGAAUCUGUGAAUUUCAAUGAUGCUGAUGAAGGGUUUUCCUCCGGGGCGUCACUUAGCAGCCAGCCACCUGGGACCAAACCUUCGUCCACAUCUCAGAGGAGCAGCUUAAGGAAAGGAGUUGCUGGGCUUUUGGCCAAGGAUAAGGAGAUCAUCUUGGCUACCAAAUCCACAGACAGCCCUCGAGAAUCUGCCCGUAAGCAGUACUUGCAACAGUCAAUUGACCUCAGUACAGAUGCCAUUGAAAUUACUCCCACAAAGAAACAUUUGAGUUUGCCUGCUGGGCAGGUGGUACCAAAAGCCAGCAGUGUAAGCCUGAUCCGAACUGCAAGUGCUUCUUCCAGUAAAUCAUUUGACUAUGUGAAUGGUAGUCAGACGGGUUCCAAUGUUGGCAUUGGCGGUGAUGGCGUUACUAACUUAGCAGCCGGCAACUCCAAUCGUUUUUCAACCAUUAGUCUACAAGAGGACCGGUUAAGUCAAGCUGGAAAUGGCAAAGAUGUCCACUCACCAGGAGCUCCUCUGACUAAGCAGUCCAGAUCCCCAAGUUUCAAUAUGCAACUAAUAUCCCAAGUCUAACUUUUUUUUUUUUACCUUCCUAUAUUUUUUUCCAUUUGUCCAAUUCUUUUUUUGAGCAACAUCUACAAUCUUCAUCUUAUCGUUUGAAAACCCUGGCUUUUGGUGAUCUUGUCCGAUUCAUUUAGAUACUAUACUAUAUUUUGUACUGAAACAGCAAUAAAACCUCGUGUUUGCGCCCCCCUCUCCCAUAAAUGUCAUUGUGAAAACAGUAUAAAAUAUACUUUAUGCCUUUUCCAAGCCUUUGGUUCUCCUUGGGUGAUGUGCAAUCCAUUGUAGGCAGAUCAGUUCCCAUUUCAACACUGUGAGUCACUGUGAGAAGAUUGGAGGAAAUGGAGAAUGUGAUCCCUAUCGAAACAAAGCUUCGGCUUUCCUGAGAAAUAGUAAACGGGUUAGUUUUCUCAGUCUAAAGUUCUGCAAAGACUAAUGAAUUGUGAUUAUUUUUUUUUGUCUCUUGGAACCAAGAGUGCCUCAGAGAUUCUAGUAGGACUUUUGGACCUCUGAGUUAGUGCAAUCAAUUCUGUGGGAGAGGAAUAUUGUCAUUGCUUCUGAUGGCGGUUGAAAUGCACUUUGUCACGAACAUUAGAGUAGUCUUCCUCUACCAUCCAUCCACCCUCGCCCUCCCAACUUAAUGUUCAGCUACCCGAGACAUGUAUUUAUGACCAGGAAAUUGCUCCUUCGAAAUGAAUGGGCUGUAAGUAGACAGCAUAGAUUGCAAUGCAGUUUUAAGGCCUAUGGAGCCAUGUUUACAUGUCUUCCCCACCCAGGAAACAGGGUUGUUUCUCUCCAUGGUAGAAAUUUGAAAGAUGAAAUACAUUUAAAACAAGAUUGAGAAAAAUGGGAACAUGGGCUUUCCCAAGUAUGACUACUCAUCAAUGCUCCUUUAAAAAGUUACUUUUGUAAGUUGAGAAUCUUUGGAACCUACAAGAACAAUUGAAGUUUAGGUGAGGGCAUUUUUUCAGGGUGCUUGCGGUGGAAUGUCUAAAUUUUGUCAUUGAACAAACUCAGAAGCUUCAAAAAGGACAAGUGGUUCUCCAGCGGGGAAUGCCAGGAACAGAGGCAGUGGCUGCUGGAAAUACUGGGGCAUCAGUUUUCCUUAAAAUCAUUUCUCAAGCAGUGGGGUUUUUUUGGGCAGCUUUCUCUUUCCAAAGGAAACAAUUCACUGCCUAUAUUUUGAUCAAUCCAUUGCAGUCAUAGUUCAUAUAGUUAAUGUAAUGCGGGUGUGUGUGAGGGAGCUAAAGAUAUUAUCUCCCCCACUUUAAUCUGGGAAUGCAUACUGUUGAAUUUAAUCUUGAAUGCAUGUGGUGUGUCAGCAAUACGUGAUAUCUGUGCUGUAGAUCACUGCUUUAAAUUGCAUUUCUUAUUCUAAAGAAAGUGUUCAUCAUGUUUUGAAGAGUAAUGUAUACAUGGAAAGCAAAGGGGCUGUUUGGCCUUCUUAUAUUUUUGCUGUACUUUGACCUGGAAUUCAGUUGACAGUUAAUGAAAGGAACAGAUAUAAGUUAUAUUCCUCCUUCCCCGAAGUAACCUUUUGAAUUAUUUAUAGGUUGAAAAGAUUCAAACAUAAUACAUUAUUUUCAGAAGGGUCAAAGAUUAAAAUGUUCAGAUUACCAAGUGCCAUUAUUCUGCUAAAGAAAACGUUUAAGUUUAGUUGAUAGUUUCCAGUUCUUCUACUCUCUUUUGUCUUUUUUCCUGACUUUUGAUUUGAAUCUGGAGUUUGUCAGAAGAAUUGUAGCUAAAGUAACCCUCAUUUUAAAUUAUUACUAUUACACUAAGUAGUAGUUACUUUGUAUAGGCACUCAUUAAAGCAAAGCUAAUGUCAAAUUUAAUUCCAAUAUUAUUGAAACUCAGGAAUGUUUCCCAGCGAUUCACUGUAAUUAUUGAAUAUUCAGAAUAAUUUUGAAUAAUAUGUAUAAUGUAGGUUAGACUUCUUGAGCUCUAAAGCCAUCCAUUACAGACAACUUCAAAAAAGUUUCUUUGUUCUGUAGAAAAAGUGAGAAGGAACCUAGCUGUAUGUCUUUAUUUUUCUAGAGAACUAAUAUGAUUCCCAUAUAAUUCAGCAGUCUUUUUUAAUAAUAGAAAACUAUGACCAUUAUACAGAAAACUGCAUGAAUAGUUUUAUAACCAGGGACUUUGGGCUUUCAAGUGUUAAGUAGUAGUUCAUUGUGCAACAUAUUAAACUAUGGUUGCAUCCUUCUGAUUUAAUGGUGUGAAGAUCACAGAAAUGAUUAUGACCAAGGUGACAGGAUUUAAAAACCAAAACUACUGGGAUGACCAAGCCUGUGGUUAUACCUAGAGUAGCUUUUUAAGAUCCAGAUCCAUGUAUUCUACAUAGCAAAAACCAAGUCUUAGUUGAAAAGAAAUAUUGCUGUAAUUCGGACCAGUUAAUUUAUUCAUUCUUUUUGAAAAAUUUAAGUCACAAGUUAAGCUUGUUUUUU